GAAAUGAUACUACUAAUUCCUAUUCCACAAUCGUUAUGGACCAAUAUAGCAAGACAAAAGAACAAGACACCCAUCAAAAUUAAAACGGUGGUAUCCAUUACGUUUUCGUGAUCAUUAACACAACAAGAAGCGAAAAAACACAGAAAAAAAAAAAAGGAAAAAAAGACACGUUAGAGUUGCAACUAACGCGAACGCGCAACUAAGGCGCGUGAAGAAUGCAACCCUGGCAGGAGUUGUACUGAAUAAAGGAUGCUCUUCUUUUCACCACCAGCUCCAGCCCCAAACCCAAAUCGAACCGCCGCUCUUUCUCAUCUCCCUUCAACAUCUUCUCAUACCCAACUUGUCCGUAAACAAAUCUGGGUCUUAUCUUUUUCGUGUUCAUCAGUAAAUGCAUCAGCAGAUAUAUGUAAAUCUCUCAGAGGAGUGUUUGCGCGUUUUGGGUUUUUCGGGGAAGGGGUGAUGGGUUCGAAUAUCUCUGGGAUUGCGGGAGAGAGUGAGGAGGGAGGGCUGGGUGACAUUCCGGAGAGCUGUGCGGCUUUGGUUCUGACGCACUUGGAUCCGCUGGAGAUUUGCAACUUGGCCCGCCUGAAUCGGGCCUUCCGCGGUGCUUCUUCCGCUGAUUUCAUAUGGGAGUCCAAGCUGCCCUCUAAUUAUCGCUUCAUUAUCGAUGAAGUGCUCAAUGAUUUUCCUCAGAAUUUGAAUAAGAAGCAUGUUUAUGCGAGAUUGUGCCGACCCAAUUCGUUCGACGGUGGCACUAAGGAACUCUGGCUUGAUAAGAGUACAGGAGGGAUGUAUGUAUCGAUAUCUUCGAAGGGUUUGGCGAUCACAGGAAUAGAUGACCGGAGAUACUGGAAUCACAUUCCAACUGAUGAAUCUAGGUACCAGACAGUUGCAUAUCUUCAACAAAUGUGGUGGUUCGAGGUAGGCGGAGAAUUUGAGUUCCAGUUUCCUCCCGGUACAUAUAGCCUAUAUUUCAGACUACAGCUUGGCAGGGCCUAUAAGAGACUGGGUCGUCGGGUUUGUAAUCCUGAGCAUAUCCAUGGCUGGGAGAUAAAACCUGUUCAUUUCCAGCUAUCUACAUCGGAUGGUCAACAUGCUGUAACACAGUGUUACUUGGACAAUCCAGGUUCCUGGGUACACUAUCAUGUGGGAGAUUUCGUAGUUGAGAGGCCCAAUGCAUUGACAAAGAUAAAGUUUUCGGUGACGCAGAUCGAUUGCACUCACACAAAAGGUGGUCUCUGUGUAGACUCUGUUUUGAUAUGGCCCAAGAGAGUGGGGAAGGAGCUGAAGCCAAUUUUGUAGGUGGUGAGAACUCCUUAUAGGGACAUAUCAGUGUGAAGUACCCCAAAAGGAAGCUCAGUUUGAAAACAGGUUGGUUCGAUUGGGUCCAUAGUGUUUUUGAUCAAGUUGAGCAGUGUCUAUAUAUUUUUUUAAAAUUUUUUUCAUUUGAUUUGAUCUUGGAGGCUUGUUGUGCGGUUCUGUGUUGUCAUUUUUCGCUGCCUAAAUGACAAUUUUCUUGUAUAGACUCUUCAGGAAACAAUGGUUGCUGGUGUUCAUUUAUAAACUGAGCUUCCUCUUUUUUGGGAAAAAAAAAUUCUCCCAAUUUUUAUUUA